ACUUAGUCCAAUCUCAAUGGCCUGCUGUUGCUAGGACGAUAAUGAAAACGUGAGGACGAAAACUGCAAAUAAAAAGAAAAUGACGGAUAUUUUAUGUAGAUGGCUCAAUGAUGAGCUGAAAAUAUCACAGACAGCGGAUCCCACCACAUUUGAGAGAGAUUUUGCCUCCGGAUAUCUCAUUGGAGAAGUCCUUCAAAAGUAUCAGCUGCAAGAUGACUUUGACAAAUUUUCACAGAGCAAAACUGCAGACUCAAAGCUCAACAACUUUACAAGGAUUGAGCCCACUCUGCAUUUGCUCAGCAUUCCAUUUGACACAAACCUUGCUCGUGCCAUCAUGACAGAAACCCAUGGAGUGGCCACACGGCUCAUGUAUCAACUCUACAUUGCCCUUAACAACAAGAAGAAGUCAAAUCUCACUGGAGUUGCCAUAGAAACCAUGCGGCCAGCUGCUCCUGCCAAAUUGAAUGCUGUAGAAUCUGGAAUUUACAAAGAUAGACUGAAACAUGUGACACCUCGGCAGAGUGACCUUGAACUUCAGGAUGUGUUUACAAGAUUCCACGAGAAACAGAUAGCAAUGGAGAAGGUGGCCUUUAAAGAGAGGUUUCUGGAGCAAGAGAGGAUACGAGAACAACAACAGAAAGACAGGAAACUCCUACUUGAACGAUCUAGGGCUAUGAAACUGAAGCAGAGUGAGAUGGUUGCUAGGAUACAGGCAGCAACAGUACAAAUCCCCCAACCUCCUCCCCAGAAGACAGUGAAAGCCAUGCAAGCUAGGGCUGCAGGAAGAAGAAUGAAAAUUGCUGAGGGCACUGUGCGAGAGAUUGCUGACUUUGAAGAGAAGAUGAAAAUGGUUCUACCACCAACCAAGGAUGAAGAUGAUGAAGGUAUUGGCAUGGAGUAUAUAAUGGGAAGGGAUGAAGAAAAGAGUCAGCUGGAGUCAAUAGAUCUGAUCAAGCCUGCAUCUAAUGAUGAAUACAUUGGUAAGAUCAGGAAGCGCUUGCAUGAGGAUGCCUCGGCGAGGGCAGAGAGGGAAAAAAGACGUAGAAAGGUUCUGGUUGACCAGAUCAAAGCUCAUGAGAGUCAGGAGGAAGCUCAUCGUGAAGAGAUGCUGGUUAACAGACUGAUGCGACAAUCACAGCAGGAACGUAGAAUCGCCGUACAACUGCUACAGACAAGACAUGAGAAAGAGGUCAUACGUAAAAACAGAAUCAUGAGAGAACAAAUGUAUGAGGAAAGAAGGUUAAAGGACUUUGAAGAGGCCCUUAACAGGGAACAGGAAAUGGCAAGAUUAGCUAAACAAGAGUAUGAAGAACAGACAAAAAAAGAUAAAGCGCUGCAUGACAAGAUUGCUGCAGAGCGUGCUGAAGCUAAAUAUCGUAAACAUUACGAGAUGUGCCAAGGAGUCGUUGAUCAAAUUGUUGAUUUCACUUGUAAAGUUACUGAAUAUAGAGAACUAACAAAUAAACUGGUUCCAGCCAAGUUGAUGCGAGAAUGGCGUGCUCAGUUUGAGGCUGGUAUCCCACUGUAUGAGAAGGUAGAGGUAGAGGAACCAGCAGAACCAACUGCUCAACAAGUGCUGGAGGAGGAGAGACAAAAUCUGCUAGACGAGGGAGACUUCCUAGAAUACAAGAACAUGGUAGGAGAAUGGCAGCCACCAGAAGGAUGUGAAAUAUCUGGUCCACCUAGAGACAAUCCUGUAGUUGGUCAUGUGGUACAGAGGCUGCUUAAUAUGGUCUAUCCACCUUCUACACCACCUCCGCCUCCAGAGUUCCCUCCCUUCCCUAUACGAGCUUGUGUACUUGGCAAAGCUUUUGCUGGAAAGUCUUCCUGUAUAAGAAGUAUAGCUAAUGAACAUAGAUUACAACUGCUCAAUGUAGAUGAACUAGUUAAUGAAGCAAUUGAGGCUCACAAGGCUGGAGAAGUGAUGGAAGUCACUGAGGAGGAAGAAGAGAAACCAGUGGAAAAGCCGGUGGAAAAGCCAUCUUCAGGGCUACUGUAUUCUAAAAUACAAAUAAAAGUACGAGCCCCAACAGGAGAGGGGAUAGAUACCCCCAUACCGAUACAACAAUUUGAAGAACUACAAAAAGAAGCCACACCAGGGGAAGCAACUCCCUCUGAAAGCCAGACUAAUGUCACUGAAGGGCAGGAAAGCCAGGAAACAAAGCCAGCUGAGGACCAGCCAACUGAGAGCCAGUCAGGUGAGAACCAGCCUGCUGAAGCACCGAAGGAAGAGCAGCAGACAACUGCAAGGAAGACACCAAGUAAACCAAAACAACCUAAACAGCAGCCUACUCCAAGAGCUAAGCUAGGAUCUAAGGCAUUCAAGUCAUUGAAGAAAGGUCAGCCGGUAGAUGACCAGGUUCAGGCUGAUAUACUUGUAGAGGCUAUCAGGCGAGUACCUGAGGGGACAGGCUGGGUAAUUGAUGGAUUCCCAUUGAACUACAACCAGGCUAAGAUGCUGGAGAAGGCACUGAGUGGUUUUGAUGCCGCUGCUAAAGAGGGCAAAGGCAAACCACUCAAGUCAAAGAAGUCAGUAUUGGCCCCUGAUCCCCGCCCCUCACCGGUACCUGCAGACCCUGCCAGUGGUCUCGAUGUUGUAAUUGUGUUUGACAUCAACGAUGAUCUGUGUCUGAAAAGAGCUGCUGGCAGAACAAAAGCACUUCUAGCUGACAAGGACUACCAGCAGGAGUUCAAUCCUCCGCCAGAGGGCAGUGCUACAGGGGUCGGCAAACAGGAGAAGGUGAUAGAGGUGGAGGAUCCAGCACAUGACCAGGAACAAAUACAACAUAGAAUAACUGGUUUCCUAGACAACUGGCCAAAAUUGGAGAAAUGGUUCUCUAAGUUUGGUACCCUGCAGAAAGUGGAUGCCACGCAGGGAGCCAGAUCAGUGAAGCUGGAGGUGGAAAAAAUACUUGAAGACACUCUCAAUAGGUUACAAGGAAAAGAUCAGGAGAGUUCUGCACAACCUGUUGAACAAACAGAGACUGUGGAAGAGAAGAAAGAGGAGCCCCCAGCACCCCCACCAGAGCCUCCUAAAACACCACCAGAGGAGGAGAAAAAGAGUAGUAGACCAUCUUCUAGAAAAGGCUCAGGGAAGAAAGGUUCACGAUCUUCCUCGAAGGAAUCUCGCAGCAAGUCUCCAAAAGACAAGGACAAGAAAAGAGACAAGAGUGGUUCACCUAAACGUGGAGCAAGUAGCAAAGGGGAUAGUGCUAAAAAGAGCAGAGGUUCAUCACCUAAGUCUAAGAAAGGAUCUGGAAAGAAAGCCAAAACACCUGAGCCAGAACCCGAGCCUGAGCCAGAGGUACCAGCAGGACCACCCCCACCUCAGCCAGGGUCAGAGGAAUGGGAGUUUGUUGAUCAGUUCAUUAAUGAGAAUCUGGCUAAAGUAUUGGCAGACCAUUGGGAGCAUGUUGAGAACAUGUACAUCAAGAAUGGGAAGUUUGUCUUCAGGAAAAUUAGAGAUGAAAGAGAAAAUAUCUAUAGAUAUUUCUACCAAAUCAGGAAAGAUUUCUUGGCAUAUUUGAGAAGACCAGACCAUAAGCAAGAGUUUGUUUCACAGUUUCAGAAGGAGUAUAAUGAAAUACCUGAUGAUAUGAGAGAUGAUGAUGAAACCAAAAUGGAAUUACAUCAACGUGUCGACGAUCUCCGUGAACGUCUCUGGAACAUCUGCGAUGAGCGUAAAGAACAAGCUGAGAACGAGCGUGAGACAGUAAUGAAUGACGGUUGGCUAGAUGAUAGACUUGGCGUAUUGAGUAAUUUUUAUAUUACCUUAAUGCAGGCAGAAGUUGACAGGUUCCAGGAUACUGUCAGAAUGAUGAAAGAUUACUACAGAGGAAUGGAAGGUGAAAUUCCGGAUGAACUCAAUCCAAACUAUAUCAGAUUGCCCCUGGUUGAGUUGCCUGUUGAGAGACCUGGUUCCCCAGAAAAAUCACCAAGUGAAGGCCAGCAGACACCUCCCUCAAAUUCCAGACCAGGUACCGGCAAAUCUGACAGAUCCAAGUCACCACGCUCUCCCAAAGGCAGCCGCAGUAAAUCUCCGAGAGAGAAAUCUCCAAAGGGAAGUAAAUCCAGGUCAAGGACACCGUCUGCAAAGAAAAGAGAUAAGAGCAAGGAAAAAGACAAACCUGCUGAGGUUCAAAACCUUCCGACUGAAGCUGGCAAAAGCUGUGUAGGGUUGGGAUUGGUGGAAGAUUUUGACUCUGAACUGGAAGAGGUUCACAGAAGGAUCCCACUGGUUCCCCGUCGACCCACAUCAGCGGAUGAGAACCAGAAAGCUGCUGCAGCUGCUAAAUCCAAAGAUAAAAAGAAGAGAGAAGAAGGUUAUGAGAGUCCGGUACCACCAGAGGAUCCUGAUGAGAAACUCAUUUUCAAUGCUUUCCAUACUGGACUUACUAAUCUAUCAAAUAUUAUGUCAGCGGAGGAAGCAGCUAGGGAAGCCGCUGACGAGGCAGAAAGAUUGAAGGAAGCUGAGAAACAGAAGGAACUUGCUCUUGCAGCUGCUGCAGCUAAAACAAAACCAAAAGGCAAAGGCAAGAAGAGUCGUAGUCCAUCUCCAAAGAAAGGAGGCAAGAAAGAUGAAACUGCUUCAACUCCACAACCACCAUCAGAGCCAGAAUCAGAGGAAGAUAAACAGAAGAAGGAUGUGAGAGACCGUAUGAAGCAGGAAUAUUUCUUUGCCAUCCAGGAGGAGGAGCAGGCAUGUAGAAAGAGGAUGGAGCUUAUCAAAAUAACAGCGUCCGCUGUGCUACAGGACCUCAAAAACAAGGCUGACAAUGCUUUCAAGGACAAGAAUGAUUGGCUGGGAGCCAGAUAUCUGAAAGAAAUGGAAAGUAUUGACCACAUGUCAGAGAUAGUUAGAAAUGCCAUUGAGAACAAAACAAAGAUCAAACAGCAGCUUGUUCUACAGCAACAGGACUUCCUUCUUAACGAGGAUCUUGCAGUACUGAAGACACCAACACCACUGCCCCCUGAGAAGGAGAUUGAGAUACCAACAUCAGACUGCUUCACAGUGGCACAACUAAUGAACUUAUACUCACAGUUUGCAACAACAGCACCAACGGGUGUCAUGUCAAACAGGGCGUUCAUGGAAACAUUUGAGAAUAUGGUGGCUGUUACACAUGGUAUGGAACAACUUCCUGAAGUCUGGCUCAACAUCACACAACAGCAGAUACAAGAUAUAGCUAAUGGAUCCUCCUCAGACAAUGAGUAUGUAGACUGGAGAAGAUUCUUGAUAGCUUUAGUCAUGCCCAUUCCUGUCCCCACCCAGUCAGAACUGCUCGACACCCUGGCCAGGUUCAAGGAUAUGGACCAGAAAUCUACUGGCUUUGUGACCAGGGAACAGUAUGAUAGGAUGAACUUAUGGUUCAGCACAGAAGAUGAGAGUUGUGCUAGACUAGCUAUGUUGAAAGCAGCGUUGUUUGAUAUAUUUGCUGAACAUAAUAGGACUCCACCUGUAGUGGAUUAUGUAGGAAUGCUAUUGUACUUUAGUGCGACAAGAAAUGCCCAGGAAGGGUUGAUGCGUGCCCUCAGUGUGGCGUCAGGAACCCAUAUGCCUAGGAUAUUGAAACCCAUCACCAAGGCAGACUCUGUAGUCAACAGUCCCGACAUACCAGAUGAUCCUGACGAUAUUACCCCACCUCCACCUCCCGAGGAUAUCCCAGCUGAAGCUAUAGAUGCUGUUGUACCCCUUGAUGCCUUAUAUAGAGUCCUUCACCAUGGUGAGACAGCUAAAGGGGACAGUCACAGGUUCUCCGUCACGGCUGAUCCCGAAGAUUCCACCUCUAGGGAAAAGUUGGCCAGUGUUUACCAGGAGCUAGGAGAUGAGAGUUUAUCUCCAGUACCAUUUAAAGUACUUGCUGAACACCCCCUCGUACAAGAUAUCAUACAAGCCUGUAAAACAUUUAAAGCUUUGGAUCUGAAGUCCAUCCUGUCAUCAAAUGAUCCUCUGAUUGAGGCAACAAGCACAAAAACUGGAGAAUAGAUUACCAUACGAGAUCUGAUAUGUGCAAUUAAGUAACAUUUUGACUGAAAACAAGACUUUGUAGAAAAAAAACAUUUCUUUAAAGAUGUUGGAAAUUGGACAUUAAAGAAAAGAAUUUAUAUUAAAAAAAACUAAUUUGUAACCAGAACAGACUGUUAUUUGGACGGAUUAAGUUACCAAUUUGUGAGAGCAUUCUUGACUUGUAUUUGUAAAUUUUGCAUUUACUUAAGAAAUUUUGGAAAUGUGAUAAACAGCUGUGAUAUUGUAUUUUAAUUUUAUACACUUUUGUUUUAUCAGAAUAAUAAACAAAAAAUAAACAACA